UCCCUUCUCGGAGUUUCUUUUGGCGGCCUCUGAGACCUCAGAGGCGGUUUCCGUCGCCGCGUCAUGGGCUGCGACUUCGACCUGCUCAUCCAGGUGUACUCUCAGAAGAAGUGGCGCACGAGCCUCUUCCUGCAGACCAAGACCCGCUGCGGGGGCUUCCCCCUCUGCGAGGCCAUGCGCCGCCUGGGCCGCGCCGCUCCCGACUGCGGGCGAGUGGCUUGCGGGGAGCCGGUGCAGCUUCUAGGGGGCGCGGAGGCGCGGCAAGAGAUGGCGGCCCGCCUGGAGGCCGAGCUGAAGGACUUGGUGGAGAGCAUGAGGAGUUCUACUACGUCUAAGGAGAAAGAGCAGCUGGCGAAGGAGAAGGAACAGACUGAAGAGAAGCUGAUGCAUUUGGACAGCGGGCACAUGCUCACCGAGUACGUGAGUGACUCCCAUUGCUUGCUGUACUCUCUGGAGCAAUUCAAAGAGUAUGUGAACGGGCUUCGCGGCAUCGAGGACCAGCAGGAGGCGGUGCAACGGGGUGCUGGCCAAGGGCGGAACCCCAACUGGGGUCUCUACAGCCGCCUGCUGGGCCCGGUACCCGACUGGGCGGAGCGGCUGUCCACGACUUCGCCCUUAGCCACGGACUGCGAUGCGCUGUGGCUGGACGACAGCGAGGAGUGGCAAGAACUGGUGGGCACUGACAUCAAGAAGAGACAAGCAGCCAGCUGUGAGCAGUGGCGCGCGCAUUUAGACCGGGUGCUGCGGGCCAAGCGCCUGCCGCAAGAGGUGGUGAAAACCUUGGCCCAGCUGAGCGUCCCGCACCUGCGCCUCCGCGUGGCGCUCAUGGACGACGAGGGCCAGUGUUCGAACGUGCGACUCGGGGACUUCAGCGAGCCGUCCUGCAGCCUCAUGUAGAGCGGGAAGCCGCUCACGCGGCUCGUUGAGUAGAGCAAGCCGCAUGCCCUCCACGGCUCAAAUCCAUGACUUCCAUUUGCU